GAUUUAUUAAUCAGCUGAAUAUAGUUUUUAUGACUUAUUAUAUUGAAGGAAUCUCUUGUCACGGUUAAAUAUCUGUUAUUAGCAGCCAGGACCUUAAGACAGACAUCAUAAUGAGCUCAUAGCUGGUGUUAGCAGGAUUCGGUGUAUGCACGGUACACUGAAUGCUAAAGUAUAUAAACUGUAUGACUUAUAUACAAUAAAAUAACCAUUAUCAAUUAAUACCCCCCAUACAUUUAUUUUUAUUUUAGGUUUGCAAAGCUUUGUCUCAGCCCCUUCAAUCUGUAGCUGCGGCGCAACACACAUGGAAGCCCAUUUAGGCCUAUCUCAUAAUUAUGACUUAGUAUCUCAUUAUUAUGACUUGACUUUUUUUUAAUAUUACUUUUCCCAAAAUUAUUAUUAUUUUUUUCACUUUUUCCGAAAACUUAUUUUAUUUUUAUUUUUAUUUUUUAAACUGGCGGAAACAGGCUUCCAUACUUUUCGUCUGCAGUAAAAAAUAAUCUACAGUAAAAAAGAUUGCGCAACAGUAUAAUAUAAAUACAUUUUUAAACGUGUAUUCGUUUUUAAAUAUACCAGAAAUAAAUUACACACUGUUUUUAAAAUAAUACUAAAUUGCCAGUGACAGUUAAUAUUCGCAGACCACGUGACAUCACCCGGAAGUGACGCGGAGUACUCAAAAGAGUUCAGUGAAGCAUCUGGGAGCAAAACACCAGCUAGCUAUAUUCCACUAAAGAGAGCAGAGAGCAGAGAGCAGAGGAGACUACCAGCUGGAGGAAAUACACAAAUACACAUAUCUUUGAAUAGGCGGCCAUAAUGAAUCCAGUGUACAACCCUGCAACAUCAGGGGUCCCCUUCACCAACACUAAGGGUCUAGGCUACCCAGCUGGAUUUCCUGUUGGCUAUGCAGCAGCAGCUCCUACUUAUAAUCCCAACGUCUACGCAGGAGCAAACGCCGCCUUCACCAGCGGUUAUGCUCCUGGCACUCCUUUCAAAAUGUCCUGCUCCCCCAACACGGGGAAUGUCCCCCCUUACUCCUCCUCCCCCAGCCCUUACCCCGCUGCCAUGUACCCGGUCAGGAGCUCCUACCCUCAACAGAACCCCUAUGCACAGGCUCUAAUACCCUCACAACAGCAGGGCACCUACUACACACAGCCUCUGUACGCUGCUCCGCCUCAUGUCAUCCACCACACAACGGUGGUUCAGCCCAAUGGGAUGCCUGCAGCCAUGUACGGCCAGCCCAUGCCUGCGCCCCGCCACAAUGGUGUCGCCAUGGGGAUGGUGGCCGGCACUACCAUGGCCAUGUCAGCUGGAACUUUGUUGACAACUCAAUCACCAGCGCCUGUUAACCCCCACCAAGUCACGAUGCCCACAUAUCGGACCCCAGGUACCCCCAGCUACAGCUAUGUGCCCUCCCAGUGGUGAGGAGAAGGAGGAGUUCAAUGGUAGAUAUGCAUCCACACUCUCCUCCAGUGUUUGUUGCUCUCGGUGAGGACAGCUCUGCCAGCGUCUGCACCUCUUACUCUUCUUCCAGCAUAAUGUGAAUCUAAACCCAGCUACAUUGAGACAGGAGGGGGCAAAGAAUACAACCAUCCCCAUAACCCCCCCCCCCCUUCAGCGCCAGCACCUCCUCCACCUGCUGCAUCUCUCACCUCUAACAGCAAAGCCUCCAUGCAAACUGUCUGCAGGUUUUUAUAGCUUCGACUCUUCAUCAGAGGUUCUUUUUAUGUUGUUUUUUAUUUGGGAUACAUAUGAUGGUGAAUGCAUGUGUAUAUAUAGAUAUAUGAAGUAAUGCUAGCUCAGUCUACCUGCUGUGACAGAUGCAAACUAAAGGCACACAUCCAAAGGAACUAAAAUAGUAAUAAUAAUCUGCCGAGCUGAGUCAGCAAGCGCAUCGAUAGACAUUUUGUCCAUGCAAAAACACACCUGCACACACACGCGCAUACACACGCGUGCAGAACAAAGAAUGCUACAUCCACUGCUCUGUGUUUUAAGAAGUGAUGCCCGUUUUUUUAUUAUUUCUCUCAGUAAUGCUGUGUUUGGGUUUUGUCUCACCAUGUCUGUAUUUUAGGAGGAAGACUCUAACUGACUUUCACUCCAGCUCUUUAUCAUUCUCAAUGUUUUAUUUUCCUGCCUGUCAGACAUUUGAGGAAAGAAUGUCGACUUUUCCAAAAGCGUGCAGCAGCUUUUGCUUCCUGCCUGAAACUUUUUAGGGUGAUAUCAGUCCAAGUUUAUUUUAGCUGAAAGUAUUUUUGGUGGGGAUUGAGGAGAGGAAGAUGUUGGAAGCGUUUGCACCCAGUUAAAUAAGUGAAUGAAUGUGUGUGUGAGUGUGCGUCAAAGAUUAAAAUAGAAACCAUUAAAAUGGUGCCAUACAGUGCGACAUGUCUAGAAUAUCUGACCUGAAAUAAUAAUGUGCUGUUAGACAGGUCUGAAGCUCUUCAUUAUUAAAUCUCUGCUAACUGUGGAAACAUGUUAUAAAACAUGAAACUCUAUUUGUGAACAGCACUACUGAAGCAGGCACUAACUCUAAAAGACUCAUCGCUUGCUGUUUUACCUCGAGGCUCCAGGCUAAAAAUAAGAACAUCACAUAUUGAGACAUGCUCUUCAUCGCUGCCUCGGUCACCUCAGUUCAAUAAUCUGUUUUGUAAAUGUUAUUUUUGUGAUUUUGGUUCAUGUUUUGUAUUCUUAAGAAAGACCAAAAAUAAAAACAAAUAUAAGAAGA